AUGUCGCAGCCUCGAUAUGUUCACUACAAUCCGCCCAAUGCACACGCCUCGCCACCAGUGAACACAACUACCAUCGCGCCCCAGGAUACCACAAAACAGCCUCCGCCUCACGUCCAACAGCCUCAGCAAACCCAACAGCAUCAGCAGCCCCAAUCCAACAAUGGCGCAAAUGUAGGAACCUCCGUACCUCUGAUAGCGACCGGAGACUGGACAAAAGACUUGGUCCAUUUAGCUAAAACCGCAGAAUUGAAAAAACACGCCUUGACACUGCAACUUCAUACAGCACAUAUUCUCUCAGCGCACGCGACUUUGGAACAGAAGAACAAAGCAAUACAGGAUGUCCGAGAACAGAAGAACAAGCUUGAAAGCGAGCGGAACAAGUUGAUCAAUAGCUUACGUGAGAUCAAUGAAGAUCGCGACAAGGCCGAUCUUAUGGAGGUGUCCUUAUCGAAAGAAUGCACCGAUCUACGCCAAAAAAUAUCUGACUUGACAGACGGUGAAUACACCAUCGCGAAACAGGAUGUCGACCGCUUGAGGCAGGAGCUGGGGCAGCCCCCUUUGCCCAGCCUACAAAGCACGCUCGAUGACAAGUCGUCACAGUACUUGAACGACCGCAGACUGAAUGGAAACGAAAGCAUCAGCAGCGCCAAUAACUCCAAGCGUGGGCCUGGUGAUCUGCUGCAAAUGGAUGCGCCGCCGGCCAAGCGGCCUCGUGGGCGACCGAAAGGCAGCAGAAAUAAAGGGAAGGACCCGACUGCUACUAUCGCGGCAUAG